UGCAAUGAUCCAGAACUUGACUCAGUACGAUGGCAUUGUCUAUCUCUCAAUUGCAUCCUCUGCUGUGGUGCUGUUUACCGUCUUGAAAAGGCUUCUAUCAAAACAAAGACUCGGAGAGAAGGAAAUCCUGCAAAAUGGAUACAAGGAGUCCAACAACUCGUCCAUGUGGAAGAUGCAGACGUCCGACUAUCCGCUGUACAUCCUACCCAUGAAGUAUCUGCCCUCGCUCAGACUCGACAAGCGGGUUGAUCUGCCCAGCCAUGUUCACGAUCAAUACCAAUCCAAAUAUACCAACGCCAUGUGCUCCUCGUCGUUCAUGAAGAGUACUCAGAUCGAUCUCAACAACAAUCUUGCUGCCAUCAUACCAGACAUCAUCGAAGAGAUGAAUGUUGCGAUCAACCGAGAACUCCCUUCCUCAAAAGACUGGCAAUCCAUCCAGGCCUUUGAAAAGCUCCUCCGCAUCAUCGGAUCCGUCUCGGGGAGAAUGAACGUUGGCCCAGAAAUCAGUCGCAACACCGAGUGGCUCGAUCUCUACACGCAAUAUCCCAUUGACUUCUUUGGCUCUAUAUCUGCCAUCACACAGUGGCCCAGCUUCCUUCGUCCUCUGAUCCAGUAUACACUGCCCCAACUUCGCCGGGUCAACCAGACCAAAGCCCGCCUCGGUGAAAUCCUUGCUCCCGAAUUCGAAAAAAGACGAAAGGCCGAAAACGCGAAGCUGAAGAAGAAGCCCAAUACAAUGCUGCAAUGGGUCUGGGAUAGCUCCGAGGAGAAGAAUAAAAGCAACGAGCACCAGAGCAUGAUCCACAUUCUGGCCACUGUCCCGACGACAUACACGGUGGCUUUUGCUGCAACUCAGGCUUUGUUUGACUUGGCUGCACGACCGGAAUAUAUUCCCAUCUUGAGAGAGGAGUUUCAGUCUGUCCUUGACAGCUGCAAUGGUAAUCUUACCAAGGAAGCCUUUAGCAAGAUGACCAAAUUGGACAGCUUCAUGAAGGAGUCUCAGAGAAUUACCCCGUUGGCGCUGGUCUCCUUUGAAAGAAAAGCACUCGACCAAGUGACUCUGCCUGACGGUACUCACAUCCCCAAAGGCGCCCACAUUGCCGCCCCUUCCUACCACAUCGGCCGUGAUGCGCAAUACUUUGAAGACCCGGACACGUUCGACGGUCUUCGCUUCCAUAAAUUGCAGCAGGCCGAGUUUGAGAAAACGGGAAAACCCAGUACGAAGCACCAGUACGUGUCGGUCAAUGAGACGUCGCUGCAUUUUGGCUACGGUCUACAGGCCUGUCCCGGUCGGUGGUUUGCAGCCAUUGAACUGAAGCUGCUUCUGGGUUCUAUAUUGAUGGAAUACGACCUGGCUCUAGAGGAUGCAGGAGAGGGUCGUCCCAAGAGUGAGAUUGAUCGGUUUUUCAUCUAUCCUGAUCCCACCAAGAUGGUUGCCCUGAAGAGGAGAGUUUGACGGCUGCUAUAUACGUUACCGUCGAUGAGAAAAGUAGCUUCUUCUGGGCUGAGUGGAAUAAAUAUGGCUGGAGCCAUGAUGGUUGACUUAAUUGCGCUCAACAUAACCUGAUCUAAACGUGUGGCUCUCACAAUCUAUAAAUGCGUACUGAUUCUCCUGUAACUCUAACCAAGCAUAUGAAUAAUACCGAACCAUCCAGUUCAAUAGUCCUCGUGGCCAUUCUAUCCAGCUCACGACAUCGAGUUCCGGCG